AUUAGAACGAGCUUUUAGGGCUCUUCUGGAUGGCCCCGCCCUUUUCGCCCCGCCUCCGCCCCGGGGACUGCUGGGAAUUGUAGUUCUUUGCUCCUGUUUUCUUCCGGGCCCGGCCCGCCCGGACGUCAUGCUCUGCGCCACUGGCCGCCUCCUAGCGGCCCGGGCGGCGACCGCACUCCCCGCCCAGCCUAGAGGGCGGGGCCUGGCGCCCUGCUGCCGGCGCAGGGAACUACAUUUCCCAAGGAACCCCGAGAAGUCCCUUGGUAACUUCUUGGCCGGGCAGCUCGCAAGACCCAGCGCGCUUGCAGGCCGGAGGGCCAUCCUGAGAAGGGUAAGGAUGCCACCGGCGGUGGGCGGAGGCCUGGCAGGGUCCGAGCUGCGUCCCCGGAGGGGCCGCUGUGGGUCCCAGGCUCCAAGGGCCGUGGGCGCGGAUGCGGCUGCCGAGACUACAGCGCGGAGCCCCAAACGGCCUGUUCCGGGCUCGCGGCGCUUCGAGGCGGCCGGCCAGUGGGCUCUACUGGCCCUGGUGACGCUAAUGUCCUUCGCCACCCGCUUCCAUCGUCUGGACCAGCCGCCGCACAUCUGCUGGGAUGAGACUCACUUUGGAAAAAUGGGAAGUUACUAUAUCAACCGCACCUUUUUCUUUGAUGUGCACCCGCCUCUGGGAAAGAUGCUGAUAGGUCUUGCUGGCUACCUGAGUGGAUACGAUGGCACCUUUUUGUUCCAGAAGCCUGGGGACAAAUACGAGCAUCACAGCUACAUGGGGAUGAGAGGAUUCUGUGCAUUCCUCGGCUCCCUGCUCAUCCCCUUUGCCUACCUCACUGUGCUGGAGCUGUCCCGGUCCCUCCCGGCAGCACUGCUCGCGGCUGCCCUCCUCACCUUUGACACAGGAUGCCUCACUCUGUCCCAGUACAUCCUCCUUGACCCCAUCUUGAUGUUCUUCAUCAUGGCUGCCAUGCUGAGCAUGGUCAAGUACAACUCCUGUGCCAGCAGGCCCUUCUCUGCCCCCUGGUGGUUCUGGCUCAGCCUGACUGGCGUUAAUCUGGCUGGUGCUCUAGGGGUCAAGUUUGUUGGCCUCUUUAUCAUCCUGCAAGUGGGGUGGAACACCCUUUCAGACCUUUGGCACCUGUUUGGAGACCUCAGUGUUUCAAUGGUGACUAUGGGAAAACACCUGACUGCUCGCAUCCUGUGCCUCAUCGUGCUGCCCUUGGCUCUCUACACAGCCACUUACGCUGUUCACUUCAUGGUGCUGAAUAAAAGUGGUCCUGGCGAUGGCUUCUUCAGUUCUGCCUUCCAGGCCCGGCUUGCAGGAAACACCCUUCAUAAUGCUUCCAUCCCCGAACACCUGGCCUAUGGCUCUGUGAUCACUGUGAAGAACCUGCGGAUGGCCAUUGGCUACCUCCACUCGCACAGGCACCUGUACCCUGAGGGCAUCGGCGCCCGCCAGCAGCAGGUCACCACCUAUUUGCACAAGGACUACAACAACCUGUGGAUCAUCAAGAAACAUAAUACAAACUCAGAUCCCCUAGACCCUUCACUCCCAGUGGAGUUCGUAAGACAUGGAGACAUCAUUCGACUAGAACACAAAGAGACUUCUCGGAACCUGCACAGUCACUAUCAUGAGGCCCCCCUGACCCGGAAGCACUAUCAGGUCACUGGCUAUGGCAUAAAUGGGACAGGGGACUCCAAUGACUUCUGGAGGAUUGAGGUCGUAAACAGAAAAUUUGGAAACCGCAUCAAAGUGCUGAGGAGUCGAAUUCGCCUCAUCCAUCUGGUCACAGGUUGUGUCCUGGGCUCCUCGGGGAAAGUCCUGCCCAAGUGGGGCUGGGAGCAGCUGGAAGUCACCUGCACGCCAUACCUAAAGGAAACCCUCAGCUCCGUCUGGAACGUGGAGGACCAUAUCAAUCCCAAAUUGCCAAACAUCAGCCUGGACGUGCUGCAGCCCAGUUUUCCUGAGAUAAUGCUGGAGUCCCACAUGGUGAUGAUCCGGGGGAACAAUGGCCUCAAACCCAAAGAAAAUGAGUUCACGUCCAAACCCUGGCACUGGCCCAUCAACUAUCAGGGCCUGCGCUUCUCAGGGAUCAAUGACACGGACUUCCGAGUAUAUCUGCUCGGCAACCCGGUGGUUUGGUGGCUGAAUCUGCUAAGCAUCGCCCUCUACCUCCUCUUGGGGAGCAUCAUUGCUGUGGCUAUGCAGAGAGGGGCACAGCUGCCUGCCCAGGUGGAAGGGCUGUCCCAGGUCCUGCUGCGAGGAGGCGGGCAGCUCCUGUUUGGUUGGAUGAUCCAUUACUUCCCGUUCUUUCUGAUGGGCCGGAUCCUCUACUUCCACCACUACUUCCCUGCCAUGCUCUUCUCCUGCAUGCUGACAGGCGUCCUGUGGGACACUCUCCUGCGGCUCUGUGCCUGGAGCCUGUCCUCCUUUGCCCUGGCCAGGGCCGUACAUGCGCUGGGAAUCCUGAGCCUGCUCCUGGGAAUUGUCUACAGCUUCUACCUCUUCCACCCUCUCGCUUACGGGAUGGUUGGUCCCCUAGCCGAGGACCCCCGAAGUCCGAUGGCAGGACUCAGGUGGCUGGAAUCAUGGGACUUUUGAGGCCACUGCAAGGACUCCAGCCUGAGCCCAAGAACUUCCUUGGAACAACCAGCUGUGGAGCCAGUCCCUGGAUCCUCCCAGCUGUGGGGGAAGCUGCCCGAGGAACCUGCGGUAUUCUGCUGCCUGCCGGGACCACGCCCUGGGAACCCCUGGAAUUGAACCCACCAGAGCCAUGGGUUCCACCGCUGGGACUGGCUCAGCAACAGGCGACAACAUCUCGCAGGCUCAUUUCCCCGAGUGUGUAGCAUGAGGAAGCAUGAGUGUGUGAGAGGAUGAGUGUGCGUGUGAGGGUACGUGUGUCCGUAUACCUGUGGAAUAUACACCAUGACUGUGGACGGCUGAGUGUCAUAAACGAAGAAAUCAUCCAGGGA